AUGCGGAUCUGUCACGGGUUGGCCGGGGAAGUGUUGGAAGUCGACUCGGAGUACAGAAAACCGCUGGACUUGGUGAGGCAAUACGCUCGCGAGCGCUGGAGUUUGCAGCUGGAGGAUUUGAUUGUUCUCACAUCCAGUGGGAGUGUGCUGAGCGCCGACGCCAAAGAAGAGGAUGCCGCAGAUGUCUAUUUCUUCACCAAACAAUGCCUGGAAACACAGGUAGAGGUGAUCCCAGAACGUUUGGACGUGAAGGAUCCCAGCCUUGCACGCUUUGGUGGUACCGAGUGCCAAUCUGAAGUCAAAGCGGCCUACAAGCGACAAGAACUCGAAGCGCAUCCCGACAAGGGCGGAUCAUCCUUUGCGUUUCAACAAGUGGCAGCUUUCGAGCAGCUUGCCGACCCCUUGCUUCGCCGGGCCUACGACCAACGCUGUUCCACCGAGCCUGUGCGGCCGAAGAGGGUGGUGAAGGCGAGCAAGGUGGCGAGGCAAAGUAAGAGCAAUGAGGUCACCACAGAGCAAACCAAGGGUGCCAUGAAGCAACCAGCUAAAGCAGCUAAAGGUGAUGGUGGUAGAUCUUCUGGAGCUUCGAUGUCAAAGAACAGAGUCACCUGGAAGCACCGAUUGCUAGCGAAUGUGGUGAAACUUCUGAAAGCUCUUCCUGCCGCAGAUCGAAGAAACAUUUUCACAAGCGGCUUGUGA